AUAGUAGGAGUCGCGCGCGUAUCGACGGCGGCGGUUCGGGCACGCGACAUUCGCCGACUCCGCGGCACAGUCGGCAUCUCAUCGGCCUGUAGAGACAUUACAACAAUCAUUUUUUAAUAUAUAAUAAUAAUAAUAGAAAAAAACGACGACAUUAAUCGUCGCCGGAGUGCGUUUAAAAGUGAUAAAAUAUUACAUUAUACUAUUAUUAAGACAACAUAAUCACUAAAACAACUAUUGUGCGCGUGUCGAUCUUCCGGCGCCGGAAUAACUCCAAAGUAACCGGAGAAAAUCACCGCAGUCGUCUCUAUAUAAUAUCCGGUCAGGAAUUUUUUUUUUUUAUUUCCAUAUUUUUAUUCAUACAGUUUCCGAACACGACCAGUUUUCGAAUCGCGUGUAAUAAUAUAAUAUCUUCAUGUGCUUUUUUCCCUUAGAAUUUUCCUAAAAAUACAGUUCGUUUUUUCCGCCUGCCUCGUCGCGAUAACCGUUUUUUAACAGUGCUUCUAUCAUAAUACGCAUCCACCGUAUAAUAUAUAACCGCAGCCUCAGCCGUCGCCGAUGAGACCUGGUGGUGCCAAGGUAUCCUCCACAGGUGGGCACCCCGCAGGACUUGAAGGGUCAUGAAAAAUUCCUUCAAGACGUUAUGGAACACCUGGCAAUGGGGAUGUGGCCGAACUGUCAUGUCAGCCGUGGCUGCCCAUGUCAAUUCAAUUUCCGUGGGCAUGUGUCAGGGGUUCUCGGCAGUACUCCUUCCGCAACUCCUCGACUCCAAUAGUUCCAUUUUAGUGAACAACGUGGAAGCGUCUUGGAUAGCAAGUUUGGGAGUUAUAUCGAACCCUCUAGGAGCGUUGAUGUCAGGAGUUUUCAUGCAGACCUUAGGAAGAAAAACAACAGUACAAUUGACGUCUAUACCAUUCUUAAUUGGUUGGACAAUAAUUGGAUUGUCUACCGACAUAACGUUUUUAUGUUUGGGUCGCUUUAUAUCAGGAGUCGCUAUCGGUAUGUCGUCAGCUUGUUACGUUUACGUAGCCGAAGUGAGUUUGGCUCAACACCGAGGGGUUCUAUCGUCGUUCGGGCCGAUUUUUGUGUCGAUCGGCGUUCUUAUCGUCUACUCCUUGGGUUCGAUCAUGCCGUGGCAGGUGGUCAGCAUCCUCUGCGCCCUGACGUCGUUCCUGAGCUUCCUGUCGGUGAAUCUGACGCCCGAGUCACCAUCGUGGCUCGCAUCCAAAGGCCGAGUGGCGGACGCCGGGAAGUCGUUGAUGUGGCUGCGCAGGAAACCCUCGCUGGCCGACAAGGAACUGGCUGAGAUCCUGAACAACCUGGGCGACGGCAAUGGGUCCACAGCGCCAACGAUCCGAGACUUCGCGGCGCCUGCUGUCUGGAAACCGUUCUUGAUACUGGUGUGCUUCUUCGUGCUGCAAGAGGCCAGUGGCAUAUACAUAAUACUGUACUACGCGGUCAACUUUUUCCAAGUGGCCGGCUCAACGGUGGACAGCAACGUGGCGUCGAUCGCGGUCGCGGUGCUCCGGCUGGUCAUGAGCGUCACCGGGUCCGUGUGCAUUCAGCACGUGAACCGCCGAACGAUGGCCAUGGCGUCGGCCGUCCUGAUGGCCGUGUCGAUGGCCGUGUGCGGCGCCUACGAGUCAGCGUACAGUCCGCUGUUGGUCGACGCCAGGCCGUACGGGUGGGUGCCGCUGGCGUGCAUCCUGUUCAACGUCAGCGUCAGCAUGCUGGGCAUGGUGCCGCUGCCGUGGAUGAUGAUCGGCGAGCUGUUCCCGCUCAAAGUCCGCGGCAUAAUGGGCGGCCUGGUCCCGUCGCUUGGCUACUUCUUCAUAUUCGUCACGGUGAAAAUGUCACCAGGCUUGAUGACGGCGCUGGCCACCGAUCAGAUCAUGUGGCUGUUCGCGGCCGCCGCCGCAGUCGCCGCUUGUUUCGUGGCCGCGUUCCUGCCGGAAACACGGGGCAAGACGCUGCUCCAGAUCGAGAAACUGUUCAGCAGCGGAGAACAUGAUGCGACCAAAGGCACUGAAUACCUGGAAAAAAAGUUCAAGCCCAACGAUUCUACCGCGGUGUACACCAUCAGUUCGCUAGUGGACGUGUGCCGCAAAUAACUACUGCGACACUACUGUGAAAAACAGGACAGCCUGUAUUUCGCCUCGUUUGGAACAGCAUGGUCAGUAUAGAAUUCAGCCUCACUAGCCGCGUUCACGUAGGACACAGCGUUAGGCGUUACCCACACACAACGGCACCGGCGUGUCAAAAAAAAAUUAUACCUACGAUUUCGAUUUCAAUAAUUUCACGUCGGCUGUAUGGACUGAAUAUGUUGAUGCAACGCAAAAACCACAGCAAAUGCAAUGCUACGUGCGUUGAUUUGAAACUUCCCUUAAAUGUUUCUGUAACAAAAUAUUACACAGUGGGAGGGGCACUGCAGGACAGGUAACUUACUAUGUGUGAUGCGCGACGUAUUGUGCAGUGUAAACACACACUACCUAUGGGCUAUGACUUAGAGCCCAUUUCGAUUUUUUUUUGAUUUCUUUCGGAAUGUCGUGUUUUCUCGUGUUUUUAUCGGAAAAGAAAUUCGUCCGCACAGUGAGCGUAAAACAUAACAAUGUUGAUCCUAUUUUUUGUACUUUAGUUGGUAUCAGUGGUAUCUAAUUCACACUGGGUAACCACUAACUAGCUACGCACUACCCAAAGUCACGAUUCAAACCGAUAAAAUGAAAAUUGUAUAGACCACGUCUUGUCAAUUAACUAAUCACACACACAGGAGCACAAAAACACACAACACACACACACACACACACACACACACACACAAAGAUAUUGAAACACCUAUUUUAUUAUUUAUUUUUUGUUCAUCGACAUCAAAAUAUUGUAAGAUGACGUAUAAUUAGACAUCGAGUGUAAUUUCUCCUAUUAUCUAUAUAUUUUUAUAUUUUAUGUGGCGUUAAUGGACUUAAUGAAAAUUAGUAAUAUAAAUA